AUGAAUUCGUUCGUCAAUGACAUCUUUGAACGAAUCGCAGCCGAAGCUUCUCGCCUCGCCCACUACAACAAGAGAUCCACAAUCACCAGCAGAGAAAUCCAGACGGCCGUCAGGCUUCUGUUGCCCGGCGAGUUGGCCAAGCACGCCGUCAGCGAAGGCACCAAGGCCGUCACCAAGUACACCAGCUCAAAGUAA